GCAGCUGUUGAAUCUGAAUAUUGAUCUGAUCAGCGAUGAGCUGCACCACGAGUCGUUGCCGCUUCUAGGCUUCAAACUCACGUCACAUCACUCUCGAGAAGCUAUUCAUUCAUUCACACUCUUGCCAAUUAAGUCAAGCUCCAUCUGGAUCUUGUCACGCUUAUUGUUAUUUCGCCCAUUCGCCUGCUCCUCCUGCCAUUUCCCUCUCCACCGGCUGCAGAAAACCGUACAGUAGAUGCGUCUUCAACCCAGGUUUGGUCAUGCAUCAUGACGGCUGUCGCGGUCCAACGUAGUGCAUAUCCUGCACAGGAGCAGCAUCCCAACCCAGCAGUCUCUUCCUCCUCUUCGCGACCUUCUGUCCAGCAACAUCCAUCGCGCAAGAGCUCCGCUCCAGCCGCCUCAUUCGCGCCAUCAAGAGUCGCACGCGACGCAUCCGCCCCAGCAAACGGAAGCUCAGCGGCCAUGUCGUCCUACAACCUCCAGCCACAUCAAGGCAUACCGAACGGUUUACAUCAAGCCCAGACGCAGCAAUAUUUACUGAACGGUCACGAUGCGCAUUACAUAAAUGGUGCCUCAGCCGAAGACGAUGCUGCCUCCGGCCGGAGGCCAUCAUCCGCCCCAGGCAAUAGGGGACAGCUCGCUAUUCGCACCACUUCCUUCGACGAUUCGGAUCGGGAUCAGCCUAGACGCCUGUCGAAACCGCUGCUACUGCGCUCCAAGAGCGAGCAUAUCUUACGAAACUACGAUGACCUUGAACAGACCGAUGACGAAGUGUACGACUGGAGCGCAAGACAUGGGUUCGAGGACCACUACCAAUCUGAAGAUAUCAUAUCUCACUUGGCAAAUGUGAGUGGCAAUACUUUCCUUGAUCCGCCAUCAGACCGUGCCAGACAGUGCAGCGUUUCUCCGCAGAUCUGUCGAGCUGUGCACAGACGAUUAUUAUUCCGUUCGGAUUCACCCCCGUAUCAUAUUUUAUAUUCACCUUAGACAGUGGACAUGUGGGGUUGAAGCCAAGCUGACUUUGCUCGAAGAACUGGUAUAUGUACUAUACCGA